CUAUUGCGCAUGCGGCAUAGGCCAACGUAGAAACGACGCCAUCUUUACUGUGUUUGUUAUUGCGUUGAGCACACAGAGCUACUUCUGUUAGGAACCGUCGAGAACGCCCAAGCGGAGAGGCGGGUAUUUUCAAUUGUUUCCCCGUAAAAAAGACGAAAUUAUGCCUGGCGGGGCGGCCACCGCGUUACAUAACCUGUACAAAAACUGUAACGUCAAGAGCUCCGACAACACAAUGGACGACGACCUGGAGUCGGCGCACUCGGAGCGGGACAGGAGGGACUCCGAGUCGGGGAUUGCUGCAGCCUGCUCCUCAAACGGCAGCGGCGGGGAGGAGUACGAGACGGAGGCCGUGCACCGGUCCAGAGAGUCCGGGGGCUCGAGUAGCCAGCACACCCCGGAGGGUGCCAUGCUGGGCUGCGGCCGGGAGCAGGACGCCACGGUGGAGAUCGGAGGGACUUAUCUGUGCCAGCGGGCUGACAAGACCUGGCAUUCGGCGGAAGUUAUCCAGUCCCGGACGAACGACGUAGAGGGAAGGGAAGAGUUUUAUGUACACUACGUGGGCUUCAACAGACGCUUGGACGAGUGGGUGGGGAAGUCACGCCUGGCGCUGACCAAGACCGUCAAAGAUGCAGUCAGAAAGAGCACAGAGUUGGGAAGCAUCGGGGAUCUCGUGGACCAGCCAGAAAGGAAGAUCACCCGCAACCAGAAGCGCAAACAUGACGAAAUUAACCAUGUACAGAAGACGUAUGCGGAGAUGGACCCGGCAACGGCCGCCUUGGAGAAAGAGCACGAGGCGAUCACCAAGGUGAAAUACGUGGACAAGAUCCAGAUCGGCAACUUCGAGAUCGAUGCCUGGUACUUUUCACCCUUCCCCGAGGACUACGGCAAGCAGCCCAAGCUGUGGAUCUGCGAGUACUGCCUGAAGUACAUGAAGUACGAGAAGACCUUCCGGUACCACCUGUCCCACUGUCAGUGGAAGCAGCCCCAGGGAAAGGAGAUCUACCGAAGGAGCAACAUCUCUGUGUUUGAGGUGGACGGGCGAGACCACAAGAUCUACUGUCAGAACCUGUGUCUACUGGCCAAGCUGUUCCUGGACCACAAGACGCUGUACUUUGACGUGGAGCCCUUCAUAUUCUACAUCCUAACAGAGGUCAACCGACACGGGGCUCACAUAGUGGGCUACUUCUCCAAGGAGAAGGAGUCCCCCGACGGGAACAACGUGGCGUGCAUCCUCACCCUGCCGCCCUACCAGCGCCGCGGCUACGGGAAGUUCCUCAUAGCCUUCAGCUACGAGCUGUCCAAGAUCGAGAGUACGGUGGGCUCCCCGGAGAAGCCCCUGUCGGACCUGGGCAAGCUGAGCUACCGCAGCUACUGGUCCUGGGUCCUCCUGGAGAUCCUCCGGGACUUCAGGGGCACGCUGUCCAUCAAAGACCUCAGCCAGAUGACCAGCAUCACGCAGGGGGACAUCAUCAGCACGCUGCAGUCGCUCAACAUGGUGAAGUACUGGAAGGGCCAACAUGUCAUCUGUGUCACCCCCAAGCUGGUCGAAGAGCACCUCAAGAGCGCCCAGUACAAGAAGCCCCCCAUCACAGUGGACAACAUGUGUCUGAAGUGGGCGCCGCCCAAGCACAAACAAGCCAAGCUGUCCAAGAAGUGAGAGGUGGAGCCUCUCCUCCACACCUUCAUCUCCUCGUUCCUGUUUUUUUGUUCUACUCUGAAGGCCCUGUUGUGUUCUUAUAUGAAUAGCCUGUGUACAUUUACAAGUGUCCAUAUUUUUUUAAAAAUAUACCAAACAAAA